UAGGAGACCAUUGUACAACGGCGUCAUAAUAACCGUAAAAAGCUUUCUGUUCGGGCAAAAAUAAUUUGGUGUGUUUCUUCAAACUGAACUGAAAACAAAGUAAGAAUUAUCUUUUAGAAAAAAAAUGUCUUUUGAUGCCCAAGGUGAUGCUGGUUCAAAACCAAAAUCUGUAAGCCGUGCAAAACAGUGGACUGAUGAGGUGGAAAAUCUCUACAGAUUUCAACAGGCUGGCUACAGAGAUGAAUUAGAAUACAAACAAGUGAAACAAGUGGAUUUGGUUGAUCGUUGGCCAGAAACAGGAUUUGUGAAGAAACUCCAACGGCGAGACAACACUUUCUACUACUACAACAGAAAAAGAGAAUGUGAAGAUAAAGAAGUCAAUAAAGUGAAAAUGUAUGCUUAUUAAAUACAAAUAUUGACCUUUUUUAAAAUAUAUUUAAAGGUACAAUGUACAAUUUGGGAAAAUUAAAUCUAAUUUUAGAAUGUUUUUUUUUUUUUUUUUUGGAAGUAUUAUUUGUACAAAACUUUUGGAAACAAAGCUGCCUUUUAGAAACAUGGAAGUGCUAGAAACACAGAAAUCCAUUUACACCCAAGUAAUAAUAAUAAUA